UACGAUCAGUUGAAAACCAUUCGUUGGAUGAAUUAGAUCAUUCACUAUUACUAUCACCAUUGCAUUACUAUCGUCGGUUUAUUUCUCUUUUCAUAUAAGCUAGUUAAGUGUGUUGUUUGUAUCGCGUGUGCAUUUAUCGAUAUGAGCACGAAAACGUUGUGCGUAAAUGAGGGCCCGUUAGUGUUUUUCGUGAAUGGUAAAAAGGUAAUCGAUACCGAUCCAGAUCCAGUAUGUACACUGUUGGAAUAUCUACGUACAAAAUUAGGACUAUGCGGUACGAAGCUGGGCUGUGGCGAAGGUGGUUGUGGAGCCUGCACGGUAAUGAUAUCGAAAGUAGUGAAUCGUGAAGAGAGAAAAAUCAAACAUUUGGCUGUUAAUGCAUGCUUAACACCAGUCUGUUCCGUGCACGGAUUAGCAGUUACCACAGUAGAAGGGAUCGGAAGCACAAAAACAAAAUUGCAUCCAGUUCAAGAGCGAAUUGCCGCUGCACAUGGGUCACAGUGUGGUUUCUGUACCCCGGGAAUUGUAAUGUCUAUGUAUUCGCUAAUGCGGAGCUGUAAUCAACCGUCUAUGAAAGACUUGGAGAUAACUUUUCAAGGAAAUUUAUGCCGUUGUACCGGUUAUCGGCCGAUCAUUGAAGGCUAUCGCACAUUUACCAAAGAAUUCCAAUGUGCAAUGGGAGAUAAAUGUUGCAAAGUGAAUGGAAUCAACGGUAAUGGUUGUGGCAAGACGGAUGAAGAAGAAGAAGAAGAAGUUCUGUUCAAGCCAUCCACAUUUAUUCCGUACGAUCAAUCGCAAGAGCCAAUCUUUCCACCCGAACUAAUGCUGUCCGAUCAGUUUGAUCGACAGUAUCUUAACUUCGAGAAAAAUUCGGUUAAAUGGUGUCGUCCCACUAAUUUAAGUGAACUGCUGGCGAUUAAAAGGGAGACUCCGAACGCAAAAAUUAUUGUCGGCAAUACGGAAGUGGGAGUGGAAAUGAAAUUCAAAUACUUUGAGUAUCCGUUGCUGGUGCUACCGAAUCAAAUACCAGAAUUGACGAAAAUUCAAGUAACGGAUGAUGGGGUUUCGUUUGGGUCAGCGGUUACUUUAAUGGAGAUGGACGAAACGUUGCAGACAUUAAUCGACACCCUUCCCGAACACGAAACUAGACUGUUUCGAAGUGUCGUGAAAAUGCUUCACUAUUUUGCUGGAAAACAGAUUCGUAAUGUGGCAUCGGUCGGAGGCAAUAUCAUGACUGGCAGUCCCAUUUCUGACUUAAUUCCCAUCUUUACUGCAGCCGAAAUAGAGCUAGACGUACAGAGUUUGGAUGGAGGUUUACGUAAGGUGAAAAUGGGACAAGGAUUCUUCACUGGUUAUCGGAAGAAUGUCCUAAAGCCAGACGAAUUGAUGGUGGCAUUCAAGCUACCGAAAACCAAACGGAAUCAGCACUUUAUCGCGCACAAACAGGCUAAAAGACGUGACGACGACAUUGCCAUCGUUAAUAUGGCUCUGAAUGUCACGUUCAAAUCGGAUAGUGAUAUUAUUGAGAAUAUCCUUCUAGCUUAUGGAGGUAUGGCUCCAACGGUUGUUGUGACUCCUGUUACAAGCGCGAAUGCCAAAGGGAAAAAAUGGGAUCAGGAACUGGUGGAGUCCGUAAAUCAAGAUCUGAUCGAUGAGAUACCAUUGGCUGAGUCGGCACCAGGCGGAUCAAUACUGUACAGAAAAAGUUUGACUCUGAGCUUAUUUUUCAAGGCAUUCCUGGAAAUUAGUCAGGUGCUAGACAUUUCCUUGACCGGCCGAGAAGAGAUUCCGCAAAACGAAAAAUCUGGUGCCGACGUUUUUCACACUUUAGUGCCGAAAAGUACACAGUUUUACCAGCAAGUAACGGAUAAAACUGACGACAUUGGACGGCCGAAGGUUCACUUAUCUGGCUAUAAACAGGCCACCGGUGAAGCACUCUAUUGUGACGAUAUUCCUAAACUGAAAGAUGAAUUGUACUUGGCUCUUGUAUUGAGUACAAAGGCGCAUGCGAAAUUGGUGAAUGUCGAUCCAACGAAGGCGCUAAACUAUCCCGGUGUACAUGCAUUUUUUUCAGCUAAAGAUUUGACCUACGAACAGAACAUGGUUGGUCCCAUAAUUCACGAUGAAGAAGUAUUUGUUCGGGAAACCGUCACGUCUCAAGGUCAAGUGAUUGGAGCGAUUGUGGCAGAGACGCAAUCAAUAGCCCAGAAGGCUGCAAGAAUGGUUCAAAUACAAUAUGAAGAACUGCAGCCCAUUGUUGUUAGCAUCGAAGAUGCAAUCAAGCACAAAUCUUAUCACUUGGGCAGUCCGAAACUGUUAGUGAAUGGAGAUGUUGGCAAGGCAUUUGCGGAUGCAGAUGUUGUUGUGGAAGGAGAAUGUAGAAUGGGAGGACAGGAACAUUUUUAUUUGGAGACACAGGCAACUUUAGCGAUACCGAAAGAAGACGAACUGGAAUUGGUUGCGUCCACUCAACAUAUUUCAGAGAUCCAAAAAUUAACGUCUCAUGUGACUGGACUGCCGGCAUCCAGAAUUACAGUGAAAACGAAACGCAUCGGCGGCGGAUUUGGAGGCAAAGAGUCCAGAGGAAUGCUAGUUUCGUUACCAUGCGCAAUAGCUGCACUACGACUUAGACGUCCAAUUCGGUGCAUGUUAGAUCGAGACGAAGAUAUGCUAAUUACUGGAACUCGUCAUCCGUUCUAUGUGAAGUACAAGGCCAGCGCUACGAAAAGUGGCAAAAUUACCGGUUGCGAUAUUACCAUCUACAACAAUGGCGGCUAUUCAACGGAUCUAUCGUUUUCAGUUCUGGAACGUGCCAUGUUCCAUUUCGAAAAUGCAUAUUCGAUUCCCAAUGUCAGAGUGGAGGGAUGGCUGUGCAAAACUAAUCUUCCGUCGAAUACGGCUUUCCGAGGGUUCGGUGGUCCGCAAGGUAUGUUGGCUGGGGAGCAUAUCAUACGAGAUGUGGCUAGAGUUUUGAAGAAAGACGUAAUGGAAGUGGCUGAACUUAACUUGUACAACGAAGGCGAAAAGACGCAUUACAAUCAAGAGAUAAACAACUGUAACAUAAGGCAAUGCUGGACAGAGUGCGUUGGGCUAUCAGAUUAUCACAAACGUAAAACAGCCGUCGAUGUGUUCAACAAGGAGAAUAAAUGGAGAAAACGCGGAAUUGCAAUGGUGCCCACCAAAUUCGGAAUUGCAUUCACUGCCAAUUUUCUCAAUCAAGGCGGAUCUCUGGUUCACAUAUACACUGAUGGUUCGGUGUUAAUCAGCCAUGGAGGAGUUGAAAUGGGUCAGGGAAUCCAUACGAAAAUGAUACAGGUUGCAGCCCGGACACUCAACAUUUCAACCGAUAAAAUCCACAUCGCAGAGACGUCAACAGAUAAGGUCCCCAAUACGUCAGCAUCAGCAGCGUCUGCAACUUCUGACAUAAAUGGAAUGGCAAUAUUCAACGCGUGCACUGUUUUGUCGGAUAGGCUGAAGCCAUACAGAGAGCAGUAUCCGAACGACAGUUGGGAAUCGUGGAUUGCAAAAGCAUAUUUCGAUCGCGUAUCACUUUCGACUACCGGUUUUUAUGCUACUCCUGAAAUUGGCUACGAUAAGGACACUUACUUCGGUCGCCCAUUUUUGUAUUUCACUUCGGGUGCCGCAUGCUCUGAAGUAGAAAUCGAUUGUCUGACCGGUGACCAUCAAGUUAUUCGAACGGAUAUUGUCAUGGACCUGGGAAAAAGCAUAAAUCCUGCGAUCGAUAUCGGGCAAAUUGAAGGCGGUUUUAUGCAAGGCUACGGUCUGUUCACAUUGGAAGAAAUGGUCUAUUCACCGACUGGCACGGUAUUUUCUAGAGGUCCGGGGAUGUACAAAUUGCCCGGAUUUGCUGAUAUCCCUGGUGAAUUCAAUGUGUCACUGCUGAAGGGUGUCGGCAAUCCGAGAGCCAUUUACUCGUCGAAGGCUGUUGGUGAACCACCACUGUUCUUAGCAUCAAGUGUAUUUUUUGCUAUUAAAGAAGCGAUUGCAUCGUCUCGACGGGAUAAUGAUUGUGACGAAAACUUCCUUCUAAUUUCACCGGCAACUUCCGCUAGAAUUCGGAUUGGGUGUCAGGAUCGGUUUAUCGAGAAGGUAAAGACGACAGUGGACGCAUCCAAAACUGCUUGGAAUAUCAUGCCAUAAGACGCUGGGAUUUUCUCUAAACAUUGAAAAUGUGUAGAUUAACGAGUACUGAAUACAAUUUGGAAAUUAAAUAGUUUUGAAAAG